AUGGCUCUGAUGCCGGGCGAUCAGCAAGAAUCCGACGUUGAGAUCAGUAAAAUUAGCGACCCAUGCCAAAGUAUCGUUUACGAGGCCACUACUCCAUCAAGGUAUAUUUCCGAUGCGAUAAGGAGAAAACUUACGCUUGGUGCGUACAUGAAAAUUGCUGCCGUUGCGUCUGGAUGGACUUUCAUCCUCGGGGCCAUCUUUGGUGGUCUCGGCAUGCUUGUCACAUACUUCUUCGUGCCUGACACGACGGGUGUAGAUCUCGCGAAUGAGGAUGAGAAGUUCCUGAAGUAUCUUGCAGACAACGGGUGGCACGGUGGCGUUGGUGAUGAAGAUGCGGGCUCAGACACUACGGAGUCUAAACUCCCCGAUGGAAGAAACUACGACGAGAAGGCUCAGUAG